CAGGAAGACCAAAAGAAGAGGACAAUGCUGCAGCUGGGAGACGAAGUCAGCCUGUACUCGCUGGUCUUCGUGGUGGUCCUGCUGGGGACCCGCAGCCCGGUGUGGACCACCGUCCUCACCGCUUCCGUCUACCUCUUUCUUACCAUGUUUCGGUUCCCCCAGGUGCCCGUUAGCCGAGCCCGCCAGGUGCUGCACCCGGCCAAGGGAACGGCGGGCUCCGGUAAGGUGUCGGUGGUCGCUCACCGAGGCGGUGGGCACGACGCACCGGAGAACACGAUGGCAGCUAUCCGAGAGGCCAGUAAAAAUGGGGCGACCGGCGUGGAGUUGGACCUUGAGUUCUCAGCAGACGGCGUCCCAAUCCUGAUGCACGAUGACACCGUGGACCGGACCACAAACGGGUCAGGGCCACUCAGCCAGAUGACGUUUUCACAGUUGCGCAAACUGGAUGCAGCAGCUAAACAUCGACUCAGGAACAAGUUUGCUGGAGAGAAGAUCCCAACUCUGGAGGAGGCGGUGGAGGAAUGCAUCAAACUGCAGCUCACCAUCUACUUUGAUGUCAAAGGUCAUCCAGAUGAGGCAGCCGCAGCUCUUAAAGACUUGUAUAAGAAACAUCCAGUCCUCUACAACAGCAGCAUUGUCUGCUCCUUCGAGCCCAAAGUCAUCUACAGGAUGAGACAGAGUGACCCAGAAGUGGUCACAGCGCUGACCCACCGUCCGUGGAGUCUGAGUCGGCUCGGAGACGGCACCCCACGCUUCCCGUCGCUAUGGAAACACCACUGGAUGACACUGAUGGACAUCCUGUUGGACUGGGCGCACCAUCACGUGUUGUGGAAGCUGUGCGGCAUCUCAGCCUUCCUGAUACAGAAGAACUUUGUUUCACCGUACUACGUGCAGUACUGGGCCCAGAGGGGGGUGGAGGUUGUCGCCUGGACCGUCAACACAAAAGUGGAGAAAGAUUAUUACCAGGAGCUGCUGCGCGUCAACUACAUCACCGACAGCCUCGUGGAAGACUGCGAACCUCAUUACUGAGAAACACACGAACCCAUAUGUCCACAUCCGUCCUUAUUUAAAAGAUAAAAACCCACGUGAAAGGAACUUUUCACUCGUGUGUGGCUUCAGGUAGGAGAACAGACGCUUUUAAAGCUCACUUUUAUUAUUGUGAGUGUGUAUUUUCUUCAAACUGAUCAAGCUGGUUGCCAUAAUUCAUAACAAGAGGCCAGUUUUCAUUCUGACGACAUCACUUUAAUAAUAUAAGGAAUUUAGCUCAUGCAUUUAUAGACACUUUGAUAUAACGUGUUGGUAACAUGCAUCUGUAAUAGGCCAGUAUCAAACGUACUGUAUUCACCAACUCAGGACUGCAGAGAUUUUUUUUUAUGUUUGUCUUAAUUGUGUACAUUUUGCUGUGUUUCAAGGCCUAUAUUGUCAUGCACUUUUUGUGCUUUUUAACUCAACGAAGGUCAUUAGACUGAAGGAAACUAUGUAGAAAUAGUUUGUAUCACUUCUGAAAAAAGAUUUCUGAUCUACAGCCAUUAAAUACAUUUUGUAUAUGUUUGAGAAAUACACAUAUGGAACAUUUAACAGGGUUGGCAUAUAAAUGGUACAUUUUUCUCACUGCUGUACAUGUUAUAAAAAUCAUUGUUAUACAUUUUAGGUAAUUUUGCUCUUUGACAAAUGACUAAUUAGUCAUGUAAAGUUGCUUCCUGGUAGUGGAUUCAGACUUUUGCACCUCACUCUAUCUGUUGAGCAGAUAAACCAUUUUUGGAAAUUACUACACUGACAAGUUGCCACUGUUGUUGUUUUCUCAUUUCUGUUGAAGAUGAUGAAUUCAAAUUACUCUCCAAUGCAGUUUAGUAGGAAAGUACUGUGAAUGGAAACGCAUAUGGACAGUGUGGACAGAGAUUAAAACUAUAGCGAAUAUAUUCAGUAAAUGGACUGUCUAUAACUGAUCUUUUGUAACUAGGCCGAGGCAGUACGAAGGAAUUGUAACUGGUGCAUCUAAAUGCGUCAUUGUUGAAAUAAGAAAUGUUAACAUUCACUGUUGGAAACACUUUCAGACUAGAUGUUGCUCUGAAAUGAGCAAAUAAGAAAGCAAAUGUAGGACUGCUCUGCUGCUCUUUGACCCACAUAUCAACCUCAAAUGCAAUUUUAAAAUGACUGAUAGUGUUUUAAUGAUCAACCAAAAGAAACAUGAUUUAUUUUGAUGUUGUCAUAAGACUUAAAAUCAAAUAAAUACGUCCUAAAUAUUUGAUUUUC